UGGGCUGGGGCCGACACUCCACAGCCAGGAGGAGGGAGAAUGUCAGAGCGGGACCGGAGCGCUCUUUCGGUCCGGCUUCUCACCGGAAGCACCCGGGACUGGAAGUCAUAGAUGCGUGCGACUGGGGGCACCGGAGUCGCCCUGGGGAGCGCAGGUCUGGCGCCAUGUGCUAGGGCACCCAGAACACCAAGAGGCUGCGCACUCCUCACUUCAGGGGCCACUCUCCUCACUGCCCACCACCCCACCAUGGCCGGGGACCGGCUCCCGAGGAAGGUGAUGGAUGCUAAGAAGUUGGCCAGCCUGCUUCGGGGUGGGCCUGGGGGCCCUUUGGUCAUCGACAGCAGAUCCUUCGUGGAGUACAACAGCUGCCAUGUGCUCAACUCGGUGAACAUCUGUUGCUCCAAGCUCGUGAAGCGGAGACUUCAGCAGGGCAAAGUGACCAUUGCUGAGCUCAUCCAGCCCGCCACGCGCAGCCAGGUGGAUGCCACAGAGCCACAGGACGUGGUGGUCUAUGACCAGAGCACACGGGACGCCAGUGUGCUGGCGGCAGACAGCUUUCUGUCCAUCCUGCUCAGUAAGCUGGACGGCUGCUUUGACAGUGUGGCUAUCCUCACAGGGGGCUUUGCCACUUUCUCCUCCUGCUUCCCCGGACUCUGCGAGGGCAAGCCUACCACCCUGCCAUCCAUGAGUCUCUCCCAACCCUGCCUGCCUGUGCCCAGUGUGGGCCUGACCCGUAUCCUGCCUCACCUCUACCUGGGCUCUCAGAAAGAUGUCCUGAACAAGGAUCUGAUGACCCAAAAUGGAAUCAGCUACGUCCUCAACGCCAGCAACUCCUGCCCCAAGCCAGACUUCAUCUGCGAGAGUCGCUUUAUGCGUAUUCCCAUCAAUGACAGCUACUGUGAAAAGCUGCUGCCCUGGCUGGACAAGUCCAUCGAGUUCAUCGAUAAAGCCAAGCUGUCCAGCUGCCAGGUCAUCGUCCACUGUCUGGCCGGCAUCUCCCGCUCUGCCACCAUUGCCAUCGCCUACAUCAUGAAGACCAUGGGCAUGUCCUCUGACGACGCCUAUAGAUUUGUAAAGGAUCGGCGCCCCUCCAUCUCGCCCAACUUCAACUUCCUGGGCCAGUUGCUGGAGUAUGAACGGAGUCUGAAGCUGCUGGCUGCCCUGCAGGGCGAUGGGCCUCAUCUGGGGGCCCCGGAGCCCCUCGCAGUUCCUACAGCAGGCGUCCCACUGCCCCGUCUGCCACCAUCUACCUCAGAGAGCGCUGCCACCGGGAGUGAGGCAGCCACCGCAGCCAGGGAGGGCAGCCCGAGUAAGGGAGGGGAGGCUCCGGCCCCCAGCGCAGUCCCAGCCACCAGCGCUCUGCAGCAGGGCCUGCGUGGCCUGCACCUCUCUUCAGACCGCCUCCAGGACACCAAUCGUCUCAAGCGCUCUUUCUCCCUGGACAUCAAGUCCGCUUAUGCCCCGAGCAGGCGGCCCGACUGUCCUGGCCCACCUGACCCCGGCGAGGCCCCGAAGCUCUGCAAGCUGGACAGCCCGUCGGGCACGCUAGGUCUGCCCUCGCCCAGCCCCGACAGUCCAGACUCCACUCCAGAGGCACGCCCAAGACCCCGCCGGAGGCGACCUCCGGCUGGCUCUCCAGCACGAUCCCCUGCACACAGCCUGACCCUGAACUUCGGAGAUGCUGCCCGGCAGACUCCGAGGCACGGCCUCUCAGCCCUUUCGGUGCCUGGGCUGCCGGGCCCAGGCCAGCCGGCGGGCCCUGGGGGCUGGGCACCACCUCUGGACUCUCCAGGCACCCCGUCUCCAGAUGGACCCUGGUGCUUCAGCCCCGAGGGCGCACAAGGCCCAGGUGCCAUGUUUUCUGCCUUUGGCUGUGCAAGUGCUGGUGUGCCAGGACCUGGUAGCAGCAGCGGCGGCAGCGGCGGCGGUGACCUGCGGCGGAGGGAGGGGCCUCGGGCUGAGUCCCGGGAUGUGAGGACCGGCUGGCCAGAGGAGCAGGCUGCUGAUGCUCAGUUCAAGCGACGCAGCUGCCAGAUGGAGUUCGAGGAGGGCAUGGUGGAGGGACGCGCCCGGGGCGAGGAGCUGGCCACCCUGGGCAAGCAGGCCAGCUUCUCGGGCAGCGUGGAGGUCAUCGAGGUGUCGUGACCCCCUGAGCUCAGCACGUCUACUCGGAUGCUGCAGCCGGGCCAGGUAUAAAUAUAUAUUAUAUAUAAUGCAAAGAAAGGUAAAAGCUUUUACUGCGAUUUUUAUCCAGAAGUAAAUAUUUCAAUUUUUUUAAUUUAUUGAAGCUGUUCUUUCUGGCAGUGGUUGGCACAGUAUGGGGUGGCCCUCAAGCUCUAGUUUUACUGUCUGGUAUCUAAACUGAAACACAGGUUUCUAAGCAAUAUGAGGCCAUCUUCACUUCUAAGCUGAAGGGUCAGGCCUGGGUCCCUCCCCAUCCCUCCCUCCCCGGGAAACAUUGCUGACCUUGCAAAGAGCUACCCAGCUUUCUUGCACUUUUUACAGAAAAGGGGAAAAAGAAAAAAAAAAAAAAAAACUUCUUUGCCACAAACUGAGCCACAGACUCCCCUCCCCCUCCUCCUCUCCUGUCCCUUUCUUCCCUCCUGUCCUGGGCUCUGCAUCAAAGCCAUAGGUAGGGGGGGAGGGGACUCCAGAAUCCCUCCAAAAUACUCCACCAGACCCCCCCCCCACACACACACACACCUGGCAUGAAGGCACCCUCUCCACCCAUCACCCCAGGGCUGUUCCCUGGUAGGUGUUGACAGGCAGUGGGUCCAUUGGGCCAGGGUUUUCAGGGGGCUCUUGGAGGAAAGGCUCCUAAGUAGACCCACCAGGCAAGGAUGGGGUGAUAAAAGCACCCCCAUUCCUGCCUAAGUGAAGGUCAGUUCCUCAGAAGAACCUUCAAGGCCAUUCAGAGGAGACUUCUCCCCUCCACAGAGCCCUUACUCCCCACCAGGAAGCCCAGCAGAAGCCUAUAGCUUGGCCUGGAGGCAGUGUCCAGCAGAGGAGCUAGGCUAGCUGAGGUCAGUCCUGCUGGUCUGAGAGCUCUGGGCCCAGAAUGAGGAGUGGGUGGAUCCAGGCUCUCAUUCUGGGUUCUUCCUGCCCCAGGUAGGACUUAGGAUUUGGGCAUACCUGCAGGUUGAGCCCCACCCCACCCCCAACCCGGGGCAGGCCUGCUUGCAGAGGAAGUGAAGCCCUUCUGCUUCCUGGGGGUAGCAGUCCUUUGCUUUGAGAGCCAUCUCAAGGCAGAGAAAGACCCCAGAUAGGGGCAGAUGUUGGGGAAGUCCCCAUUAUCUGCCCAACUCCACGGGACCUCUCAGGAAAGAGGCUCCUUUUUUUCCUCGGGUGCUCUCCCAGUGUCUUCAAGGUGACAUGCCAGCCUCCACUCCCCGGUGGCGUUUUUUGGCUCAGGAGGGCCAGUCUGGGAGCAAAAGCAGGAGAGAAACUCCAACCACCCUUGCAGCACAUCCUCAUGGGCCAUUUGGGACCCAAGGUUUUGGGAGCAGCACAGAGGUCCCUGCCCUCAGAUGUCCUCCGGUCUAGGAGUGAAGCUGUCCCUUUGGGAAGAGGCCAGGGGCUUGGUAACAGGUGGCCUGGGCAGGACUGAGUCCUGGAGAAGGCCUGGGGUGGCUUCUUUCUAACCCCCUCCGUCCCCUGUUUGUAUCCUUCUGUUUGUUCUUCUUUUGACCCACCGCCCUGUGUUCCUGUCACCCUCCUUAAGCAAAAGCCCCAUCCUAGCCCCCUUGAGCCCACCUCUCCCUUCCCCUGAGAAAAUAAGCUAUUGUUGUAUUUGCAAUCUAUGGAUUAGAGGUUUAAGUAUUUAUUAUUAUUGGUUAAUUAUUAUUAUUAUUAUUAUUAAUUAUGUAAAUUUGCCUCCUGUUUGUCAUUGGGUUUCUGAGGUGACCCUGGGUGUGGAGGAUGCACUGGCUCCCCCCUCCUUGCCCCCCCACCCUACUGCUGUCUGAAAGACAGAAGUUUGGGGCCACUGGUUGGGCCCUAAAACUCUGGGGCAGGUUCAGCCCCACUCCUCCCCUGAGCGAGGUGUGGCUUCUGUCUGGGCACCUGGGGUCCCAUGGCCUCAGUCUGUGUAUGAUCUUAUUCUUGACACUGGUCACCCCAAAGUGAGCAGCCAAGAAAGAGGAGAAGGUCCUACUGUCUGAGCUGCUCCCUCCUGUAUGUUGGGAGAGGGUGAGGCACAAGCCCUUCCCCUGGUGGAUUUCCACCCACUGUCCAGGGUCUGGAGGGUGCUGGGUCCUCUCUGGCCCUCUCCAGCCCCUCCUUCCCUUCCUACCUGACCAUUGCCUGGCAUUGGGAUUGCCCAGAUUGGAUCUGGCCACCUGUUAUUUGCUAGGAAGUCCAGCAGAGGAGAGGCGGCUGGACCCCAGCCCAUGGUUCCAGGUCUCCGAAGGCCAGGGUGCCAGCUGCCCCCCUGAAAUCCCUCCCCAGCAGGCUGCACUUUCCUGUUCCCUCCUUUUGUAUUUGGAAACAAUGUGUUGUAAUAAAUCCUGAGACUGAUGUUUU